AUGUAUUAUUACAUUAUGGCAAGGGCGAGCCUUCACAAGAUGGUACUAUCUCCACAAUCUGAUCCUUCACAGGGACAUAAUACGACUCAGUUUGGUGGAACUCAACAUUUAUCAAUCUACCAAUUACCAAAACGGUCAUUCCCGACUUUUUCCGGUGAUAUAACUGAAUAUCAAGGGUUUGAAGAUCUUUUCUUGUCAAUACUUUCACAUACCCCGGACAUGUCUGACGUUGAAAAAUUGGGAGCAUACUACUUGCGUGCGAAAUUAUUAUCAGUAGGCCUUAGCUUUAUGCCUGCAGAUUCAUUCCAUCAUCAAGUUGAACUUUCCAUGAAACAUAUGGGUAAAAUCUAUGAUUUGUAUGAUUAUGAAAAAUUAAUCAAAAAUUCACAUAAAGACCAUGUGGAUGUUAAGGUAUUAGAUUGCAAAGAUUUUUUUGAUUGGAAGUCAGAAUGCUCUAUAUAUAAAUUAAACAAACAAGCUACUCGCAAAAUGUUGAAUAGCAUAGUUCAUAUAAGAGCAGAAAGAGAUACAGUAAAUGAUUUAUAUGAAGAAACUGAAAAUUAG